GUAACCGCCAUGAACCUGAAAGAAGAAGAAGGGAAAGAUGGCGGAAGUAUACACAACAGUCACCCUGCCGCAGAAAGCAUGAAUACACGACAUUGAUUUUCAAAAAUGUCUGCAGGUUGUGUGAGGUGGAUGCUGAUCCGCACAGUGAGAGCUGUAUGUGUUGGCAGCCAUGGCUACUGGACACCAGCAUCAAGAUUCACCAUAUGCAGUGAGAGAUUUAACCCGAUUGCUUCCUCCUGGCGAGGGUCUCCAUUCUCCUCUGCUGUAGACGACACAGAAAAACCUCCCACACCAAAGAAAAAGAAGCCUGGUCCUAGAGCUCACGGCACAAUCGGCUCGGUCGGCCAUGACAUCCCGCACCGUGAGGUACAGCUGAUAAGUGAGACAGGCGAGAACAUGGGCACCAUGCACCGUGGGAAUGUGAUCAGACUCAUGGACAAGAACGGUCUCAAACUAGUGCUGCUCAGUGAGCACCAGGAUCCUCCCGUGUACAAGCUGAUGAGCGGCAAACAGAUCCACGAAGAGAAGCUGAAACAACGGGAGAAGCAGAAGGCAAAAGCCCCCGCGCAGGUGAAAGAGAUCAGCUUCUUAUCUUGCAUCUCCUCUCACGACCUCUCCACAAAGAUGAAACGGGUGGAGAGCUGGCUGGAGAAGAAGAACCACGUUAGAAUAACUAUGAAAUCAGGACGGGGUGGACCUUCAGACAACAUGGACAUAACUCUGGAGCAGAUAGUGGAACGAAUGGAGAUGACGGUGGGAUUUGUUUCGAAGCCAGCACUCAUACAAGACGGUCAAGCAGCCAUGUGCAUCCUGCGCCCGCCUUCAGCAAAGGACCUGUUAAAAAAAGACAAGAAUAAGACUGCAGCAGCGGCCGAGCAGUCCACCAAGAGCGAAGCAUCUGCUGUUAGCGACACGGACACGACAGAAGGGUCUACACAGCAGUGAUGUGAAGGAAAUAAAAACAUUGUCAUGAAAACCAAAAGCCUCAGCUCACAGUUUGGAGUGAAUUGCUUCAGUGCUUGUGUUGGGUAGGGUUUUACAAAGUGUGAUAUAAUGAUGCUACCAUGCAAAUCUCCACCGGACAGAAAUGUUGUGCAUGUAAAGUUCUUUAAUGAACGGUGCCCCGUGUUCAUGCAUAAUAUCUGCACUUCAAAAUAUGACAUUGUUUUAAUGA